GCUAAUCUCACUACUGCUAGUAGUAAACCUAUAGAUACAGUUGAAUAUCAUAAAAGCAUUGCAAGUCAUUUCGUGUCGUGUCAUUCCUUCGUGUCGUGAAGCCAUUAGCCAAUACCCAAACCGAUGCAUAGCCCGUCGUAGUGUUGCAGAUGAGGCCCUGGAUGAACAGAUCGGAAGAUUCAAGCCCGGACUCACGGGCCUUGGACAAUAUCCCUAAGUGCCCAUCGCCAAGCAUCACCAUCGCGUUCGGUUGUGUUGACCCAUCUCUCACACUUCUUGCGCCAUCGCUCUUCCUCAUCUCGUUGACGGCGUAUGAACUCCGGACCAACGUCAAAUUCCUCACCGACGAGCCACUCGCUGCUGCCGACGUCGCUAACGCGACCAUGGCCUCUCUCGCCUUUCUCUGGUUCUCUCUCCUCCAAGUCAGGUAUGUCUUUGAAUGGGUCAUCAUCUUCAAGACCACUGAAGUUUUCUAAGGGGUCUUCCCCAGUGCCAGACAUCUCAAGCCAGCGCAUGUGAGUCGGGUCAAAAACCAUGUUGCCUUCGCGUUUAACGCCUGUGGAAGCACCCAUGUUCG